AUAAGCUACCAGUGUACAAAAAUACUUGUGUUAUGUAGGUGUUAAAAUGGGAAAAUUAUUUUAUGUUAUUUUGAUUGCAAUUUUUGCGUACAAUUUUGUCGAAAGUGUUUCAGGAACGCAGUCUCGGAUUGUGGGCGGUUAUGAAGCGCCUGCGGAUUACGGAAAGUUUCACGCGUCCAUGCAGAACCUAUCUGGGCAGCAUGUGUGUGGCGGGGCUGUGGUUUCCAAGUGGCAUAUAGUUACAUGUGCUCAUUGUGUUCACCAAGCAGAGCCUAAAUAUAUGAAUAUUGUAGCUGGUACGCACGAUUUGGACGUGGGAGGAGUAAAAAAUGAGGUUGAAUCAAUAAUUGUACAUCCUAAAUAUAAUUCCACAAGCAAAGAACACGAUAUUGCAAUUAUAAAAACAAAGAAGCCGUUCGAUUUGCGUAAGAUACGGGUCUUGAAUCUUAGAGGAGCAAAGCUAAGAGAAAGAGACGAAGUAACUCUGGUCGGAUUUGGAGCAGACGAGCCGAAUGGUCUCUCGAGCCGCAGGAUGUACGUUUUGGAUUUACCAGUUUUCUCCCAGAAAAUUUGCGAGUUUGCGAUGCGAUAUACACGAGAAAUAACUAGAGAAAUGUUUUGUACAUUUACUAAGUACGGAGAGGGAAGCUGUCAUGGCGAUUCCGGCAGUCCUUUGAUAAAAGGCGACGAGCUCGUUGGCGUGGCGUCAUGGGGCAUUCCAUGUGCUGUUGGCUUCCCAGAUGUUCACACCAGGAUUGCUCCAUACAUUAAAUGGAUUAAAAGUUAUACCAAGCAAAAUUUUUGCGUUAGUAAACGCAAAAAAAUAAUAAGUUUGGGAUAGCUAUUUGUGAUCCAUGUUUUGUUCGUAGAAGAGAUUUCAAUAAUAUGGUAUAACAGAUAAAGUUUAUGAAGUAAAAAGUUAUGUGUGGUUUCCAUUACAGUUUUAUACAUUCAUAGAUGCUUCGAUUUAUUUUAGGAAUCUAUUUCAAUGUCUUCAAUCAGAUACUUAUAUAUUAUUAUUGUAUUGUUUUUGUUUUUGUUACUAUUUUGUCUUAAAUAA